AUGGAGGCUGCAACAACGGUCAAAGCAAUCACUCUCGUUUUACUUUCUGUAUCUGUAUUAUCCUUGGCCCAAGGAUUUUCGCUGACUAUUUUACACACUAACGAUAACCACGCGCGGUUUGAAGAAACAAACGUCCGCGGCUUCCUAUGCAAUCCCAGCGACGCUCAAGCGGGCGAGUGUUAUGGAGGAAUGGCUCGUAAAGCAACGAUGAUCAAAAAAAUUCGAUCAGAGACGAAGAAUGUACUGCUAAUUUCUGGCGGAGAUGUUUUAACCGGAACAAUAUGGUACCGAGUUUACCGCGGUAAUGCUACGAGAUUUUUCAUGAACGAACUUGGGUAUGAUAUCAUGGUGAGUAAAUCGAGUACCUCAGCUUAGCAAAGGGUAUGUUUUUAUCCCUUGGUAGAAAAAGGGUAACUUGUAGUUCAGGUUUUUCAGCUAAUGCAGACAGCUUGCUCCUCUACAGGAAAUAGUUUAUUGUUCAGCUAGUGAAGACCGUCUACUUCUUUACAGGAUAUAGGUUUUUUUUUAUAUUCAGGUUUUGGCUGCCUAAACUUCACAUAAAGCGCACUGUGGUACAACGCCCUACAUUCGAGCUUAAAGAAUCGUUAGUACAUCGGCUCUCUUUGAUGUAAAGAAAUUCAAUCGUGAUCGCGUGAUGUCGUGAAUCGUUUCUCUCCUGAUCGUGUAUGUAAACCAUGUAUAUUGUCAGUCGAAGUAACACUCGAUUUCAAUCAUAUUACAAGUAUCCAACAGAGAAUUUAGAUUCGACACAAACAAGUGCGAGAGCCUUUGCGUGUCACCAGCUAAUAUUGAUAAGAAUAGAUAUGUGAGAUAUUCACGUCAGAUAUUGUUUUCUUCGUUUUAACUCCGUGAAGUAAAGUUGUAAGGAAUUUGUAGCAUUGGGGAAAUUACCUCUGUAAAUGUAAACUUUUCGUACCUUCCCAAGAGAAUUGCUGUGCCAUGUAUUAGAGUAACCAGUCUGCAAAAUACUCGCAGACACUUACCACGAAAUAAGGGCUCAGUACGCAGAACCUUCACACUUGAUUUUUUUGUCGGAGUUGAUGUAAAGGAUUCUUCACAAUCAGUCGGACACCAACAACGGGUCCCGCGAGGGGAGGGAGGUACUUAGCAGAAUUUUAUACAGGGAGGCUCCGCACCGAGGUCUGACCCCUUAUACCCUUUAUAUGCCAUUUUUGACAGAAGAGUGCCCCUAUUGACAAAAGGUGUCCCUUUCACAUACCUAGGUUAGAAUUUUGCAUUCCUAGUAAAUGCUGUAAAUGCACUAUUUUUUAAAUGGAAUAUAAAUAAAUUACAAAAACAGAACGUUUUCUUCACUUUUUCAUAACCACAAAAUGCAUAGUCCCGGCCCUUUGGGCCUUUUAACCGACCGAAAUGGUAGAUAUCCCUACUCUUUCAUAUACUUCAUCAAGUGAAAUCCCUACCCGUUCAUAUACCUGAAACCAGCAAAAGGUACCCCUUUAGGGCGGAGGCUCCCUUUAUAGGCCGUUAUAGGGAGUACCCCCCCCCCGGCAACGAGUUAUGUACUCUUUUACUGUUUGUCGCAUAAAUAAUUCAUUUACAAAGCUUUCGUCAAUCACCACUGCACUCUUACUGAUUUCACAAUUACGUAAACAACUGCUUUGAAUUCCCUUUGUGACAUAAAUUGUCAACUUUCAAGAGGCCAGAAAAACAUGAACACAAACACAAACACGGCCCUGACGAUAACGUAUUACGUUCAGCUGUACGUUAAUACGGGCUUAUUCUAUUCCGCGAGACGAAACGAAACGAAACGAAAUGAAAGAUAUGGUGGAUAGAGAAAAAAUGCUUAUUAUCCUAAACACAGUGUAAGACAACAUUGACAACGUGUUUGGAAGUAAUAGUUAACGAAUAAUGACGGAUUUUUACCUUUUUCGCAAAGUAAUAAUUUCACUAGAAUUACUAUUUUGAUAAAUGGCGUUUUUUUACCGGAAUUGACAGCGAGGAUUCCAAAAUCCAAGACCCUGAAGACCGUCUUCAAUAACCUUACAUGGGGUGAUAGAAUUAACAGCCGUCUCAGUUUUUAAUUCUUUUCUUGACAGACCCUUGGAAAUCACGAGUUUGAUGAUGGCGUUGAGAACUUGGUGUCCUUCAUCAGCCAUCUGAAUUUCCCAGUUGUGGCCUCAAAUCUUAACUUCACCCAGGAGCCAUUGUUGUCCAGCACACCUCCCCUGAUAGUCACAUCUAAAGUUCUCAAUGUUAGCGGCGAGAGAAUUGGCUUUGUGGGAUAUGUAAAGAGGGGAUCGACACUGUAAGUUAAUAAGGCACGGGGAGGGGGAGACUCCGCAUAUGAAAGGGGUGGGGAUGCUCGUCGUCUCGCUUAGGGGUUUAAAUUUCAGAUUUUGGUCUCACUUAGGGUGUUCUGGGCAAAACGCCCUAAUAUUUAACCGUGAAGGUCUCGUUUAGGGUUGCACGAGAAAAAAUAUUAAAAUAUGUGUAUUGACUGUGUUUUAACAUGGUCUCUUUUAGGGGUCAAAAUAAAGUACUGGCUACGCCCAGAUCGGUCUCUUUUAGGGGUUAAUUUAAAAUUUCCGACGAGCAUCCCCACCCCUUCGAUAUGCGAAGUCCCCCCCGGGAUAAGGCAUCACACUUUUGCUUGUGUUUUCACAUACAUUUUGAGCUAAAAAAUGCCUUCUUUCUUCAAUGUUGGUUGUCUAGACCUGGUCCUGGACCUAAUAUCAAAUUCCUAAAUGAGGUAGAGUCAGUGAGGAAAGCUGUGGAAGAACUCAAGCGACAGAACAUCAACAAGAUUAUUGCCAUCGGUCACUCAGGCAUCGACAUCGACCAAAAAGUAGCCAAAGAAGUUGAUGGAGUGGAUAUCGUGGUAGGAGGUCACGAACACGCCUUACUUUACACAGGUAAACAACUGUCCUUAACCAUGUUUUACCUGUAUCCCUAAGCUUAUGGUAAUCCUACCCUUGCUCCUACCUUUUAGAAGAGAAGGAGGAAUAGGCUGGAAGAUAGUCUCCCAUUUUCGCUUCUCUCUUCUCCCUUUCCCCCCAGAAACGCCUUAGAAGCAGGCUAAAGAAUCACUCGCGUUGCUAAUCUCCUACCUAGCCAGUACGCAUGCGCAAAGCAUAACCCCUGCUUUGUGCGCUUCACUAACUCACCUAAAACAAAAGAUUAUAAGAACUCUGGAUAUACUGGUAAAGGAAUGAAACAGUACAAUAUCAACAGAUCAACCUAAGCUUUGACGUAUUUUUCAUAAAGUUCUUGCAAUUUUCUCGUUUAGUUAACGUCAAAGUGUUUGAAUAAGACUGAAUUUCUCUUUCCUUUCUCGACAAAUGACUUGAUUAACAUACGUUUAACCACUUACAAAUUGAUCUAUUACGGAAAUGUCCAAAAAAACCAACAAGUAAUUGGUAAAGCAUAAAUAAACUAUCUUCAACCUGAGCUCUGAAGUCAAGUACUUUCAUAGAGUUCGUGCAAUUUUUUUCCUUUGACCUAGGUCUAUCAACUUCGUGGCAGACGACCGUCGUCUCUUAAUGAUCUUUUGCGUACAAAUCGUCUAGAGUUUUCAGCCCAGCCCUUCCUGAUGGCCGUUGGACUCUUUCUAACUUAGGUUGAUCUUAUAUUGGCAUUUUGUUUUGGCUUGAUCUAAGCUAUACGGUACAUUAAAAAAUAAUCACCAACAACUACAACUUAAAAAUCUAGCUUUAUUUUGUACAAACGUUACCGUGCGUAAAAAUGAUGACUUAUCGUUGGGUUUUAACCCUGCUUUAUUCAGGUAAACCCCCAUCAAUAGAGACGCCUUACGGUCCAUAUCCUAUGGUGAUUACACCCAACAGCAAACCAGAGGGAAAAGUGCUUGUGGUUCAGGCGUAUGCUUUCAGCAAAUACCUAGGGAAUUUAAAGGUUGAUUUUGAUGACAAUGGCGAUUUGACUUCUUGGUCUGGUAAUCCAAUACUGUUGGACAAUUCUGUAGCCCAAGACGCAACGAUUCUGGGACAGGUUGAGCGGUGGAAGGCUGAGGUGGCGAAAGUUUCGGAGGUAAGAUUUUUUUGAAACUUUUCAAUCUGUGUCCUUGAUCAGCCUGUGCAAAACAUAGCGGAGAUAUAACAGGCUGUUACGUCAACUUCUUGAGUUUAAGGCCGAGGAACGAAAAGUCAUUUUUUCUCUUUUGUCGGAAUCGUUCAUACUCGUGGAAGCAUUAAGGCGCAAAAAAAGAGAAUCAUUAAAAUUAUUCAAAAAUUCUAUCGUAUCGCCUGAGGAUUUUGCGUAUAUACUAAUUUUGACAGGAAUGGGUUGCCCGCAAGUAUAAUUCUUUCUCUUGUUUUCAAGUCAAAAUUCGUUAUUUUCCCGCUAAUUUUCAAGACGAACGUCUUAACCGUCGUUUAUCACAAAAACUUUUCGUUUUUUAUUUGCUGUUUUGACCCCGAAAUGAUCCCCAAGUAACUUUGGAAUGACAACUGAAACAACUGAAACAGAGGAUUUUGGAAAUUGCAAAAAUGUUUUUAAUAGUACAAUUUAGUACAAUCCCCGGGCGUACGUCCCUAUAAAAGUGAUGGGUAUGCUUGUCGGAAAAUUCAAAUUAAACCCCUAAGGGAGACCAAUGUGGGUGUGCCUCAAGCUUAACUGGCCCCUAAGGGAGAUUUUUAUGUUUUCAGUGUCAGGGCAUUUUUUGUAACUUUCUUUAUAAGCAGUAUCAAGCGAUACCUAAAUGGGCAAAUAUAGUAACUUCCCAUCUCAAACACCUUAAGUGAGACCAAAAUCUGCAAUUUACACUCUAAAGCGAGACGACGAGAAUCCCGGUCGUCCCUCCCUUGGGUACAAUCUAACCUCUAUGUGCGACCACCUGUCCUAAGCGGCCAACUUCCAUAACCGACCACCUAUUCAAAACACCAAAAUUUUCCAGUUAAAAUCCUCUCCUUCGAAACUCUCGUAAAUAACCAUUUCUGAUAAGCGAGCGCGAUCACUAUUUGGGUUGACAGUUUUGACAGACAUUGUUUUUAAACUUCUUGUAAGCGACCGCUCGACUACGGUAUGGUUUGAUCUCUUUGUUCGCUAUAUGUACCAUAUUAUUCGGCAGAGUACACGAUAAACUCUUGGUGACAAUAUGGAGUAGAACAUAUCGUAACGCAGAAACGCAGAAACUGUAUGCAAUAAGGUUUUUUUCUAAAAAGUAGAAGUGUCGGGACCUCGUCGCGAAAAGACUUUCUGUGGCUCGAUCUUCUAGGCGACCAUUUAUCUUUGCAUUUUUGGUGGUCGGUUACGGGUGUUUCGACUGUAUUUAGCCGAAUACAGUGGAAGAAGCUCCUUUGACUGGAGCUCAGCUUCAAGACUUGGCUUAAUCUAAGUAUUACCAAAAUCCACACUCAUUUGGACUCCCGAAACAUAUUCCCUUACCUUCCGCCCUCAACACCUCAGUCAAAAAAGGUACGUACGCGCAGACUUUAAUAUAGAGCAAAUAGUUUAGAGGAGUGCGUGGGCCGGCUGUAACGCAAGCUAAUGGUUCAUGACAAGAUUGGAAUCCUUUGUUUUUCAGGUCAAAGUGGGGUCCAGUUUUGUUUUCCUGUACGGAAACAAAUCAGUUUGCAUGCUCAAAGAAUGCAAUUUACCAAACGUUGUUACAGACGCUAUGGUAUUUCAUUACACCAACACGAACAACUCACACACUGGUGCACAGUGGACUAAUACAAGUAUUGCAAUUCAAAACUCCAACAGUAUUCCUGCGUCUAUUUAUCCAACUGAAGAAGGUAUUUCAAUACACAGAANUGGGGUUAUUUUUACUCCUUACAUGGGUUUUUUAAAUUCUUUUUGGAGUUACUUUAUUUCUGAAAGUGGAGUAAAACUUUUAGGUACAGGAUAACUCCUUUUUGUGGGUUAUUUUAACUCCGCAAUAUCAGGGGUCAUUUUUAUUUCUGAAAAAGAGUUCUUUAAACUCCUUUUUGGAGUUAAAAUAACUCCCAAAAAAAUAACUCCACUGUAAGGAGUUAAAUUAACCCCACUAGAGGAGUUAUAAUAACUCCUUGAAAAUUACUGUGCAGUCAACUCCCUUUAAAGAGGACACUAUAGGGACCUCAAGUUAGUGUUCUCAUUAGCGAGUGUCCUUUAUAGCGGAAGUUUAUUUCAGUCAAAUAUCAGUAAUUCACUUUUGCCUAGGAUUUAGCUGCUGUCCGUAUUACCAGGGUGUCCGCAAGGCGAGAGUUGACUGUAAAGGGGUUAUGUCAUAAGGAUCUUGCUGUUUUAAGCGAAUUCUGUGCUGUAAUCAUUACUUAGUGCCGGAUCUAGACCUUGAGAUAAGGGGGUCCCGGUCAUCCAGACCCUUAGAUAUGCAGGGAAGGGGGGGAGGGGGGCGGUCUGCAAAAAAACUUUUUUCGGCCCUUCGGGCCUCAGUUUCGUCUAAAAAUAAGGGGGCGGGGUCCGCGCGCCCCCGGGCCCCUCCCCUGGAUCCGGCACUGAUCAGGGAGCACUAACCAUAGCAUUUUAUUGGUGAUUUUUGCAGGCAUAGCAUUAAACUUGAAAGAUGUGUUGGCCCAACUUUUUCAAGAUUUGGUCCAUUUCCAUUUUUGCCAUCCUUACCAUGCCUUUGUAGAGCUUUGUAUGGAGACGCCAUAUUGGUGCACCGUUUUGGUGCACCAAUAUGGCCGCCGGAAAUCAACAAGAAAAUCUGGAGUUCACUUUUUCUAUAAAAGCUCUUUCUUUUCACUCGAGAACUAGCAUACGUGCACAUAAACAUAUCUUCUAAUAUUUGAAAUGGUUACACUGCUGAAAAACAAGAGGACAGACUUUUUUCAGUUUCAACGAGACAGCAUUCCCAUUUUGGUGUCACGCACUGGGAAAACUCGGAAGUUCAAAUUGCUGUAUUUUCGAAAUGAAACAUGCUACAGGACUGGAAACUGGUACAAUGAUUUAUUUUUUGUUUAUCUUCAACCUAGUGUAAAUAAGAAUUCGUAAAACCUCGCUAUUUCGACUUUACAAUUUGAUGACGUCACUGUGAAAACCAUCUAUUGUAACUUACUAUGGAAUAAUAAUAAUAAUAAUAAAUUUUUGCUGUUGUUGUAGCUCAGGAAAGCAAGGAAACAACAAAAGCGAAAGCUUCGCAGCGGAACUACGCACAACCGCGAAGGACGUUAAUUUGUACCAGGCCAUUGUCUAUGUAACCUGCGGCAAAUGUCUGUUCAAACCGUUACUAUGGUUACUAUCGGUAAUGAUCUUGGGCAUAGCUUCAAACAUAUUUGGUCGCCAACAAAUGGCGCAUAACUGCACAAGAUAUCGUUCGCGCCUCGCCUUCUUCAUCGUUUGUCUGAAACUCUCGGUUAUCGCGCUUGCUUCUCAAUUUCGCGCUCCUGGCUUGGCUUUCACAGCGUGCCCUUUAAAGGAAUUGAUCUGAUGAAAUUUUUUCCCCUCCUUUAGCUAUUACAGUCUUUAAAGCUUCCCUUUUUUCAGGUGCUAUUACAUACGGUCAUAUUGUGAACAGCUUCCCGUACAGAAACAUAGUGGAUCUUGUAGAACUGAAAGGAGAGGACCUUGCCCAGGUUUUUGAACAAGUGGCGUCUUUGUAUGAUAAAGAUAAGCCAGACAUAUCAUUCCUACAAGUGUCAGGUAUCUUUAUUCUCUGUUUCAAAUAUCACACAAAAAUAUUGAAGGACAAAGAAACAAACAACAACAGAAACAACAAAACAAUGCCAAGGCAUGGAAAAACCUCUGAAAAAUGACGAUUUAUGCCUUAAGACACACAUACAUUUUUACAGUGUUUACAGGUAGCAAUUACGACACCUGAAGGAGAAUAUUGGGCCCUAUAUUACGAUCUCUCUUUACAGAUAACCCUCCCAGCCCAGGAAAGGUUACGUUGGCCAUACCCCCGGGGUCUACAUCCCCUACUCUUUUCGAACAGUGGUGUGGGUUUUUUUACGUCCCACAUGAACCAGAUCAGUGAAAGUGCCGUGAGCCUAGACCUACGGCUUUUCGUCCUUAUCUGAGAAGACUAGAAAGUCUAACCGUUUGCAUUACAAGGCAGCCCUUUCGUCUCAGUUAUUUAAAGACCCUGAGUGUUGAUCCGGCCGGGAUUUGAACCCGUGACCUCCCACUCAGCAGAGCGGCGCUCUCCCAACUGAGCUAACCGGUCGGCGAAAGACAAUACACGUAUACUUCAUCUGCUAAUCUCUUUUAUCAUAAACGAUUUACAUUUGGCUUACUCUUAACGGUUAGCAAAAACCUUUAAUCAUUUCGAAAUGACAUCUUAACAUCCACUGUUUCAAAACACAUUAGUAAAUUCAAAUAAGCGACCAUAUCGCGUUUUAAAGCGUAAUGAACUCGUGUGGACCGUCAUCCGUAAUUCGUCAAUUGUCUUGUUUUUCAGGACUCCAGAUAAAGUACGAUAUGUCAAAGCCAAAAGGAAGCAGGGUGGUCGAUAUCCAAGUACGCUGCGCAAAAUGCAAAUUCCCAGUUUAUGAACCACUCGAUAAAUCUGCUGUGUACAAAGUGGCCAUGACUGACUACAUAGCUGCCGGUGGAGCAGGGCUGACUGUCAUCAGGGAAAAGAAACUCUCCCAUCAAUUUGGCAGCAUAGUCGACCAAGAAAUGAUGAUGAACUAUUUCAAGGCCAAGUCUCCCAUAAUGACUGGAGAAGAAAACAGGAUCACCUUUGUGGAGGGAUCGGACGAAAUACCUACCAUAUGCGGAGGCGGAGGCGGAGGAAACUUACAGGCUGUGAAUAUGCUUUUAGCCCCUCUCGCUGCUUUUGCAUUCUUAGUUGUAAAACACGUAAUCUAG